GCUAGGCCUACUGACCUGUACAACUGCUGUUUUAAAAUAAGUAUUUGCUACAUAAACUUUAUUUUUCUACAAAGGCCUCUCACGUGAAAGUGUGCUUAAAAUUGAAUUAAUCAUACAUCUAUGAACAAAGCAACAUUUCUUUCAGGUUUCAAGUGGAUAUUGAAGUGGAUGGUACGAAGUACACUUGUCUGGUCACUCCAGGAAUUGUGGAGAUGUUGAAUUCCACGGAUCCCUCAGUGAAACAAAUCGCUAUGAACUGGGUAUUGAGGGAAGUCCAGUGCAAAGAGCUUGAGCCUUGUAAGAGUAAAGAAUCUGGGAAGAAAGAUCAGAAAGCGAAGGAAGCAGAGCAGGCAAAGGACAUUCAGUUUCAUUAUAGGACAGACAAGGAGGAAAAACUAUUGGUGGACACACGAUUGUCCAUGGAAGAGGAGUUCUGUUCCUCAAAAAGUCACACGACAUUGUGGCAGAAAGUGAAAAAUAGUUUAUCAGAAAAUAAUGUCCAUGUCACCAGUAAACAAGCUCAGGACAAAUGGAAAAACCUGAAGAAGAAAUAUAAGGAAGUAGAAGACAACAACAACAGAUAAGGUCGAGAGAAACAGACUUGCAAAUUUCAGGACACAUUCAGCAACCUCUAUGGAACCAAGCCAUCCACCAGACCACUGUGCGUUAUUGAUACGGAUAAAGCAGAAACCUGUAAUGCUGAUGUGAAUCUACAAGAUGCAAAGGAAACUCUGAAGCCACCCCCACUGAAACGAUUGAAAACUGCAGAAAAUAAAUCACCAAGAGGCAAAUUAGUAGAAAUGAUGAAGGAGUCAGCCUUAAAAAAAUGAAGAAUUCGAACAGGAAAUUCGCGAACACCAGAGGCAAAAAUUAGACAGAUUUGACAGAUUUCUUGACCUGUUCGGAAAGUCAAUAAAAAAUGAUUGAACAUUUGAUUGCAGUGUCCUCGACAUUUGAUUUAUCAAUUUACAAUGUAUAUAUGUUCAACAUUUAAAAAGUUGUUAUCUAUGGUUAUACAUUCAAUAUAAAUUCUUGGGUUUGGGAAAUGACAUAAAAACUUAAUUUAAUAUUUUCCCCAUGUGUUAAUAAGUACUCAUUUUUCUAAUCAAUAUUUCUCCAUUUCAUUAUCUAAAUCAUCAAUCCCCCUUUAUCUAGCAUUUAGUCAAGUCUGACCUUGCCAAAUAGCCAUAGUGCUUUUGUUUUAUUAUUUUGAUGAUAGUAUACUUCUGUUUUUAGUUCACCUGAACCAAACGUCUAAUUGAGCUAUUCCUGAUCACCGUUGUCUGUCGUCUAUUUGUCUGUAUGUAUGUAAACUUUUCACAUUUUUCACUUCCUUCUCUAGAAUU